AUGAUUGCCCGACCCCGCGGUCAAGAACUUAUGGUUUUGAAGCUUGAUUUGUGCGCAAGGUUUUCAAUAGAUGGAUUACUCCAAAUCGUGAAAAUCAGCGAAUGCGACCUCACAGACCUUUCCGAUUUCUUCAACCACGCAGUGAAUUUAAAAGAAUUCGACGGUGGCGCUUUCAGCGAUCAACCUAAAAACUACGCCGGACUUAAAUUUCCUCCUCUUUUAACUUCUAUGGAGUUGAAUUACAUAAGCCAACCCGAAAUCCCAGUAAUCAUCCCAUUCGUUUCCCAAUUAACAAAACUCGAUCUUCUUUACGCUCUAUUGACAAUUGUAUAUGACAUGGCUUGCAAUUCCCGAAACAAAUACCCUGCACAAGUUUUCAACAAUGAAAAGCAUAGGCUUAACUUGUAUGGAGAUAAUGUUGAGGUAGACUAUCAAGGCUAUGAAGUGACAGUUGAGAACUUUUUGAGAGUUUUAACAGGUCGCCAUGAAAAUGUUGUUCCAAGAUCCAAACGUCUUUUGAGUGAUGAAGGAAUCCAUAUAUUGUUAUACAUGACAGGACAUGGAGGAGACGAGUUUCUGAAAUUUCAAGACUCUGAUGAACUUCAGAGUCAUGAUUUGGCUGAUGUUCAAGUAACUGCUGAUUAUGAUAGAUACAUGUCAAGCUGUUAUCCUCUUUUCCUAGCUCCAUUCACCUGGUGUUUUGGCUAUUGGGAAUAA